GCAGUGUUAUAUAUGAUUUGCAUAUCGAGUGAAUUAGAGAAAGGCAAAUGGGGUGUGCUUCCUCGAAGCGUGUUGAUGCGGCAGCAGUCCCCUACCGUCCCGCACCCACAAGCUUGGCGGUGUUCGACAUCAACACCAUCGAGGAGCCAUGGCUGAAGCACCUCAACAACACCACCCCUCUCCCCCAAGACAAUAAUAAACCCUCCCUCCCCGCCCCUAUUCUCCACAAACUCAACUUGCUCGACGCCACCGAUGCCCCCCAAUCCUGGGAUGAGAUUAGCAAAACACUCCAAGACCUCAAACCCCCCUCCACCUCACCCCAACAACAACCUCAACCUCCACAAAAGACCAAGUCCUUCCACACGGUGGAAGAGCUAGACGCCAAGCUCAACCCCAAGCCCGAGCCCAAGCCCAAGCCCAAUCCAGAAUUGAAAAAGCCCGCUGAUCAGAUAAUUAACAGUAGCAUAGUUACCGAGCCAGUCCGAGGGAACAAGUUGAAGGAAAACAUGUUCAUAGUUCGGGACAGGCUGGAGAGACAGAAGGAAGAGAAGGAGCUCACCUUCGAGCGUCUUCGUCGGGACCCGCUGAGCGCGUUCCCGGAGAAGUGUCCGCCGGGAGGGAGCGAGAAGGUGGUGUUGUACACGACGUCGUUGGGGGGCGUGAGGAAGACGUUCGAGGACUGCAACCGCGCGCGAGACGUGCUGGAGGGGCACAGGGUGGUGUUCGACGAGCGAGACGUGUCGCUGCACGGGGAGUUUCUGAGGGAGGUGAAGGAGCUGGUGGACGGGGAAGGGGUGGCGCUGCCGAGGGUGUUCGUGAAGGGGAGGUACGUGGGUGGGUUGGAGGAGUUGGUGGAGCUGAACGAGACGGGUCGACUCGGGAGAAUAUUGAAUGCGACGCGUGUGGAGAGGGGGAUUGGGAGGCAAACGUGUGGAGGUUGUGGUGGGGCUAGGUUCGUUCCUUGCUUCGACUGUGCUGGGAGUUGCAAGCUUCUUCACAGAGAGAGGUGCCCCAAUUGUAAUGAGAAUGGCUUGGUCCACUGCCCUGCUUGUAUUUCAUAACUUCCAUAUCUGCUGUUUAAUUUUGUUAUUCAAAUCACCACUAGAAUCAUACAUAUUUCACACCUUGUCUCUCUCUCUACCAUCAACCCUUCCACCCAAUAUUUUUGGACCAUCUUAAUUGUUACCAAUCUAGUUAUGGGGUUAAAGACUCUCUUUUUUUUAUUAUCAUACGCAGAUAAAUUUACUUGCGCACCUUAACCUGCACUUAGUUUCAUGUUAAGGUUAGAAAAGUUCAAAAGCAAUAUAUUAAAAUCAUAAAAUGUAUGUCUACCGAAUUUUAACGAUAAGAAUAAUAUUUGUACUUAUAUAUUUUUUUA